AUGGACCUCUGCCAUGGUGCCGACGUCUCAGCUGGUAGGCUUGGGAGGAUUUGGCGUUACGGCACCGACCUCAACCCUCGGGUCCAGCGUCGGCAAAGGCACAUCCUUAUGCAGUUGUGUAAGGAACUGUGUACCGAAUUGCUGAUCAUCCUGGGAUCCGCUCUGAACUAUAGCAGAGGGAUUAACCAGGGAAUCACAAGGAGGGGUUUCGCAGCGCCGGGGCGAGCGGCGCGCGAGGGGCUCGGCGCGCGGCUGGCCUCUCCAAGCGCUCCCACGCCGGCCUCGUGGCCGGCUGCCCGGCCGGCCGCCAACCCGCUCGCUCCUCUCCGCCCUCCUUCGCCGGCAGGCCGUUGGCCUGCCGGCGAAGGAGGGCGGAGAGGAGCGAGCGGGUCGGCGGCCGCCCCGCCCCGGUUGAGAAGGCGUGGGCCGGCGGGGGCGAUGGAGGCUGCGCUGCGGGCCGUGCCGGGCGGCGGCGGCGGCGGCGGCGCGGGGCUGUGGUCGGCGUCCUUCUGGCGGCGCCUGUCCGGGCCGGAGGAGCAGCGGGCGCUGGAGCUGCUGAGCUACGGGCUGGGCGGCUGCAUGGCGGCGGCGGCGGUGGUGGGGCGCACGGUGCGCGCGCCGUACGGGCGCUACUCGUCGGCCGCGCUGGGCGGCUGCCUGCCGGCCCGCCUGGCCUGGGCGGCGCAGGAGGCGCCCUCCUUCCUGCUGCCGCUGCUGCUCGUGCUGCGCAGCGACGGCGCGCAGCUGCCCCGCUGGCCCAACCGGAUCCUGCUGGGCCUCUUCCUCGCCCACUACGCCUACAGGUCAUUCGUCUAUCCUUUCUUAAUUCGUGGAGGAAAGCCAACACCGGUCAUUACCUGUUUACUAGCCUUUGUCUUCUGCUGCUGUAAUGGAUACUUGCAAGGCCGAAGUUUGAGUAACUAUGCAGAAUACCCUUCAAGCUGGCUGAAAGAACCGCGUUUCAUUCUAGGAGUUGCAGGAUGGAUCAGUGGCCUGCUGAUAAAUGUACACUCAGAUCAUAUUUUAGUAACUCUUAGGAAGCCGGGGGAAACAGGCUAUAAAAUACCAAGAGGAGGACUGUUUGAAUAUGUGAGCGGAGCAAACUUCUUUGGGGAGAUUAUCGAAUGGUUUGGGUUUGCUCUUGCUAGUUGUACCGUGGAAAGCGCUGUUUUUGCCAUGAGCACAUUCCUGAUUUUAGGUACCCGAGCACAGCAUCAUCAUCAAUGGUACCUUCAAAAGUUUGAAAACUACCCACAAUCCAGGAAGAUUCUGAUUCCAUUUGUGUACUAAGUUAUUCCUGACAUU